AUGGGGAGGAAGGGAGCUGCAGAGGUGGUGGCAGUUUGUCUUAUGGUGGCGAUUUGCAACGGAGUGGAGGAGGAGGAGAUCCCGACGUCUGAUGUGGUAAGGGAGGUUGCUCCGACAACUCCCUCGUCGUUCUUCUUUCUGUUCCGUUACAAUAUGUCCAACAUUGAAAAGAUCGAGUUUGCAGCACUUGAAGUUAGUGGGAAAAACUAUGUGCCAUGGAUGAUAGAUGUAAAAAUGCAUCUUGAGUUCAUGGGAAUCUCAAAUGCUAUAUAUGAAUUUAAUAAUUGUUUGGCACAAGACAAAACAAAAGCACAAGUUUUCCUUCGUAAGCAUAUUGAUGAAAUGUUGAGAUUUGAAUAUCUUGAUGUUAAUGAUCCAAGUAUUCUCUGGAAUCUUUUGAAAGAAAGAUUUGAUCAUCAAAAGGAAGUUAUACUUCCAAAUGUUAGAGAUGAAUGGAGAACACUGAGGUUUCAAGACUUCAAGAAAGUAAAUGAAGACAACUCAGCUUUGUUUGGAAUCUGUUCACAACUCAAGUAUUGUGGACAAGAAGUUACUGAUGAAGAUAUGUUGGAGAAAACUUACUCCACAUUUCAUGCAACAAACAUUACAUUGAUGCAAUAA